CGCCAGAUUCGAACGUUGACGUGAACCCGGGAGCGCAGGUGUCCGGCGCUGCGGGGAGACAGCGAGUGGGUGAGCGAUGGGCAGCGACCCCAGGGGCUCCGAUAUCCAGGAAAAAAUCGACUUUGAGACUCGGAUGCGUGAAGGAAUCUGCAAACUCCUUGCUGCCUCCACCCAGCGGGAUCAGGUGCUGCACGCUGUCAAAAAUCUGCUCACCUGUAAUGCUCGCAUCCUUCGUUACGUGGCCGAGUUACAGAGGCACACAGAGGGACAGGUUCUACCCAAAGUGGCAAGGAGAUUGUCAGACCCUGAGAAGAAAGAGCAUUUGGCAUGCUCGGGAAAAAUUGCAAUAUCCGAUAUUCGAAUUCCAUUAAUGUGGAAAGACUCUGAUCAUUUCAACAACCGGGGAAAGGGCCAAUGUUUUGCCGUGUUUUGCCUGGUGAAGAUUGGAACUCAGAUUUUUGACACUGAGAUGGUCACCGUGGAUAAGACUCACACCGACAUCUGCUUUGAGAAUUUGAUGAUUUUUGAUGACGUGAAGCCAGAUUUCGAGUUGAAGUUGGAGGUGUAUAGCUGCUGCAUAGAGGAGGGGCCUUCCAUUGUCAACACACCUAAGAGACUGGCCCGAAAAAUCAGCACCUCUCUCACCAGGUCAACAGGAAAGAAGCUCACAUCUGCACUGGAGAGUGGAGACCUUGACUCCCUCCUAUCGACCAACCCGGUAGCAGCUGAUGCCAAAUAUCAUCUGCUUGCAGAAGCUAAACUAAAACUUGAUGAUGCUGAAGCCAGCUUCCGAACUCACAGUCUCAGUAUCCUAGGAAAUGAGGAAUCUUCUUUCUGGUUGCCCUUAUAUGGAAACUUGUGCUGCCGAUUAGUAGCUCAGCCUGCGUGUAUGACUACGGAUAUGAUGACUGGGUACCUCAAUCUGGAGCAAACCAUAGGAGGCCUGCCUAACUGGACAAGGCUGUACUGUGUCCUGAGAAGUGGCUAUCUCAUGGCGUAUUACUCUCCUGAAGAAAUCGAGGCACAAGUGGAUCCCACAUUGAAAAUAGCCGUUGACAAGGAAACACGAAUCCGCACCAUGGGCAAAGGUUCAAAGAUAAGGAUGCACAGCUUCUCCCUCAUCAACCCCUAUAGUGGUGAGACGACGAGUCGGGUCUUUGCUGCAGACUGCAAGGAUGAUCUACAGCGGUGGAUGGAAGCUUUCUGGCAGCACUUUGGUGAUAUAAGCCAGUGGAAGCAUUGUUGCAAAGAGCUUAUGAAAAUUGAGAUUAUGUCACCACGGAAACCACCUUUAUUCCUCACAAAACAAGCAACUUCAGUCUACGACGAUAUGAACAUGGAGUCUCCUCGGAAGGACGAGAGUUUGGUAGAUAUUAUCCGGAACAGAAUCCAGGAGACGGAUGGAGAGUUCUUGCUGGGUCAGCAGAAGGUGUCUGACCCCCCUCAGUGGGCAACUCUGUUUGAUGGCAGCCAUGACAUGGUCGUCCAGAAGAAUGUCCUGACACCAGAUGGCAGGAGCCAAUCCGCCCUAACCUCACUAGGGAGAGCAAAGAAGAGGCCGGCUCCCCCUCCACCAGAGGGAAAGCAGCCAUUCCGGCAGGGGGACCCCCACCCAGAAGGGGGGCAGAAGGAGAACUUCCAGAGAGCCCCAUGUUUCUCCGACAUGGAGUCCUCACUGGGCCAUGCAACAGUCCUAGCUCUUCCUGGACACCGGGCAGCCAGCCAGGUCCUGGGUGAAAAUGCAGCCCAGGUAGCAACCAAGCUGGGCCUGCCUGAUAAACCUGUACCUGCUCCCCGUCAGAGAAGGUCCAUUAGGGCAAAGCUUGACCCCAGAACCUGGAUUCCACCUCAAGUGUAAGAUAUUUAGAGAUGGACACCUAAUACCUGAAAACUGUGGGAAAGCAGAUAGUUCCUCUUCUGUAGUUUUACAAAUAAACAUAAUAAUUUGAGUUUAGUGCACCCCAUCAAGGGGCCAGUCAUUAGCCUGAAUUAUUGAUUUUAUUUGUGAAUAUUUUUGCCAGGUAUCAUACUUUCAAAAUCUGUCCCAGCAAUUUUUGCAAAGAACUCAGCGUUGUCUUUCCUGCGUUAGAAUAAUUCUAAUUUAGUGAACUUUUGUCCAGCUUUAUCUCGCAUACUAACUUUACAAAUGAGCAAAUGGUUUGUUGCAAUUAAGAUAGUGCUAAGCAGGACAAAUAGUAGUGCAAUGAGGAAAACAAAUUCAGUUUGUUUAUUUUCUUAACCUUAUGUUGACUGUGAAGAAUGGAAGUCUAACAGAGGAAAUUCAGAAGAUUGUAUUUUGUCUCCAUUUAACUUUAGGAAACUGCCGGCAGCUCCUGGGGAUCCCAGAUUUCUUGAGCCAGUUAUGUUUGUUUUUUGUUUUCAGUGCACAGCACAGUUAUUAAAGUAAUAAAGCAGCUCAGAUGGCAUGAGCAGUUUUAUUACUGUGGUUAUUAAUCCAUAACUAAAGUUUAAAAGAAAACUUUACAAAUAAAGCACUACCUCUCCCUCCAGUCCAAAUUCUUUUGAAAGAAAGACUUGCAUUUAUUUAGCUCCUUUCCUGUCCACAGGAUGACCCAAAAAGCUUUACAAUAAAUGAAGCUCCAUUGUAAUAUUGGAAUCACAGAAGCCAAUUUGUGCACAGCAAACUCCCACAAAUAGCAAUACGAUAAUGACCAGAUAAUCUGAUUUGGUGAUGAUUAAAGGGUAAAUAUUGGCCAGGACACUGGGGAGAACUCAUUCUCCUUCAAGUUGGUAUCAUGAGAUUCUCUUCUUCCAUCUGAACGGGCAGAAGGGGCCUUUGUGUAAUAUCUUAUCUGAAUGAUAGCACCUCUGACAGUGCAGCACUCCCUCACUACUGUCCUGGAGUGUCAACUUAGAUUGUGCGCUCAGAUUUCUGGAGUAGAACUUGAGCCCAUGACUAUUUUUAUUCAUUUACUGAAUGUGGAUGCCAUUGGCAAGGCCAGCCUUUAUUGCCCAUCCUUAAUUGCCCUUGAGAAGUGGCGGUGAGCUGCCUUCUUGAACCACAGCAGUCCAUGUGUUGUAGA